AUGCAGCAGCCGAAUCUGUUCCCGUUCGGCAACGUUCUCGGGAAUCCAUUUUUGUUGAAUGGCGGCGUUGGCGGUGACGGUGACGAUUUAAGCGUCGGUGGAUUUGAGAGCUCUGGAGUUUUCUUCUUGGUCCCUUUUUUGUUAUUCCAAGGAGGUGGAAUGGAUUUGUCCAAGGUUGGGGAAAAAUUCCUCAGCUCUGUACGGUCCGCGCGAUCACUUGGUCUCUUGCCUUCUGUUUCUUCUUCUGAUCGGCCCGAGGUUCCAGCUCGAGCUGCAGCAGCAGCUGCUGUUGCUCGUGCUCUUGCAGGAUUGCCACCUCAUCAGAGAUAUAGUCUUCCAUCAAGUUCUGAAGAACUGAGGUCAAUAUAUGGAAGCAGACCUCAGAGUCAAGUAGUGGAGGAGCUAGAGGAAGACUUCUAUGAAGAGGAGUUUGAUCCAAUAAAACACAUUCUGGAGCAUAUUCCUUCUGAAGAAAAUGAACUAGAAUAUUUUGAGAAACAGGCCACACUUAGAUUAGCACAACUAGAUAGAGUAGCAGAAUGUUUAUCCCGCAAUGUCAUGGAGCAUCAUGAAGUAAUGGUGAAGGGUAUGAAUUUGGUCAGGGAAUUGGAGAACGACUUGAAGAUUGCAAAUGUCAUCUGCAUGAAUGGAAGAAGGCAUCUGACCUCAUCAAUGAAUGAGGUUUCAAGGGACCUUGUUGUGAAUACUGAUUCUAAGAAGAAACAAGCUCUUAUGGACUUGCUUCCUGUACUGGCUGAGCUUCUUCAUGCAAGGGACAUGCAAGUAGCUCUCGAGUCUCUUGUUGAUGAAGGUAAUUACUGCAAGGCAUUUCAAGUACUCUCUGAGUAUUUACAACUACUUGAUAGUUUCUCAGAGCUCUCAGCAAUACAAGAGAUGAGCUGUGGGGUUGAGGUUUGGCUAGGAAGAACACUUCAGAAGCUGGAUUCGCUCUUGUUAGGGGUGUGCCAGGAGUUUAAAGAAGAAGGCUAUCUAACUGUGGUUGACGCUUAUGCUUUAAUAGGAGAUGCGUCUGGUCUUGCUGAAAAGAUACAAAGCUUUUUCAUGCAAGAAGUUAUCUCAGAAACUCACUCUGUGUUGAAGAGUAUUGUGCAUGAGGAACAUGAUGUACAUAUACAAAGUAGUAGACUUACCUACAGUGAUCUGUGCCUUCAGAUACCUGAAUCUAAGUUUAGGCAGUGUUUGUUAAGAACACUAGCUGUCUUGUUCAAAUUGAUGUGUUUAUAUCAUGAAAUCAUGGGCUUUCAGCUGGAGAAUAAGGUUUUAGAGUGCCCAACAACAAAUGCCAAAUUCAUGGAAGACCGGACAUCAUGUUCACCUUCCGUGGAGGAGUCUACAACAGCCACUUGCUCAGCUGAUGCAUCAGAAAGGAUGGAUUCUGGAUAUGUAGAAUCUGACGAACCAGUCUCUGAGGGUAGAAAUGGCGAUGGUGCUACGUCUAGUGGUGGAUCUCCAUGGUAUCAAUUAAGGAAAGAAGCCAUAGCUUUUGUGUCACAAACCCUUCAGAGGGGAUGCAAGAAUCUUUGGCAACUUACAACUAGCCGAGUAUCAGUUUUGCUGUCUUCUUCUGCUGCUACUUCUACAAGCAUUCAUCAAUUUUUGAAAAAUUAUGAAGAUCUUAACAUAUUUAUCCUGGCUGGGGAAACCUUCUGUGGAGUCAAGGCAGUUGAAUUCAGGCAGAAAUUGAAGGUUAUUUGUGAAAAUUAUUUUGCAGCAUUUCAUCGGCAAAACAUAUCUGCGCUUAAAAUGGUUUUGGAGAAGGAAAUCUGGCUUAGAUUGCCACCAGAGACAGCACAAAUUAUUAGUUUUGCUGGGCUUGUAGGUGAUGGAGCACCCUUAAUUGCUGCAUCUGAUGGUAACUCCUCUAAUCCUUGGGUGCUUCUCACUGACAAACCAGCAAACAAAGUUGACACAGGUGCCAAGAAGAGUGGAUUUUCUCCUUGGCUUAGAAAUGGAAACCCAUUUUUGCUAAAAGUAGGCAGCAGUCCCAAAGAGACUCAUAAUUCCUCCCCACUUUAUGGAGCAACCUCUGGUGAACAUGAGGGAAGUGUUGAUAAUCUUCAUGGUAAUGUCUUUCCACGAAAUGGUGAUGUAAAUCAUAUCAAUGGCUCCAAUUCUAUAUCAGAAGAGGAAAAUGAGGAUUUACUUGCUGACUUUAUUGAUGAAGAUAGUCAACUCCCUAGUCGAAUUUCAAAACCCAGCCUUUCAAAAGGUUACUCUUCUCAUUCCAUUAAUGAUGAGUUUACAGCACAAACGGGAUCAUCUCUUUGUCUUCUAAGGUCGAUGGAUAAGUAUGCAAGGUUGAUGCAGAAACUUGAAAUAGUAAAUAUUGAGUUUUUUAAGGGCAUAUGCCAGUUAUUUGAGAUGUUUUUCUAUUAUAUAUUUGAAACAUUUGGUCAGCAAAACAUGAAUUCAAGUGGAAAGGCUUCUACAGACUCUCUUACUUAUCGGUUAAAGACAGCCUUAUCAAGAAUUACACAAGAUUGCGAUCAGUGGAUAAAAACUCCAUCAGGAUCCUUAUCAUCUCCACCUGCACAUGCAGAUAUGACACCUACUGCUCCUCAAAGUACAAAUUUUGGUCCUCCAGCAGGCACCUCCUUUGGUCUAAAGGAAAGAUGUGCAGGUGCUGACACUGUAGCCCUUGUUGCUCAGAUAUUGCAUAGAUCUAGAACUAAUCUCCAAUCAUUGCUACUGAAGAGUAAUACAGCUGUAGUUGAAGAUUUCUUUAUGCACCUGGUGGAUUCUGUGCCAGAUCUUAUAGAGCACAUGCAUAGGACAACUGCAAGAAUACUGCUACACAUUAAUGGAUAUGUUGAUCGAAUCGCUAAUGCAAAAUGGGAACUGAAAGAGCUUGGGAUGGAGCACAAUGGGUAUGUGGAUUUGUUGUUGGGAGAAUUUAAGCACUACAAAACAAGGCUUGGUCAUGGGGGAAUUCACAAAGAGGUUCAAGACCUCCUCUUGGACUAUGGACUUGAAAUUGUUGCAAAAACUCUUAUUGAAGGUCUAUCACGAGUGAAGCGAUGUACUGAUGAAGGACGAGCUCUCAUGUCAUUAGACCUUCAGGUUUUAGCCAAUGGCCUACAACACUUUGCCUCCUUAAAUGUGAAGCCAAAGUUUCAAAUUGUUGAAACUUUCAUCAAGGCUUAUUAUCUCCCUGAAACUGAAUAUGUACACUGGGCACGUGCUCAUCCUGAAUACGGCAAGAAUCAAAUUGUGGGGUUGAUAAAUCUUGUUGCUUCAAUGAAAGGUUGGAAAAGAAAAACCAGGUUGGAAGUGCUAGAAAAGAUAGAAUAAGCAAGUUUGUCUGCGAAGAGAAUUUGAACUAGCAUUAGAUAUAUACAAAGUUAAGGUUGGGUGUUCUAUUUGGCUGAACCUGAACACCCAAGGCGAUGAUAAAAGGCAAGCCAUUUUUGUUCUUAUAUCUUUAAACUUGAAAAGGUAAUAAGCCAUUCUGAGCAUAAGCAAUUCUCUGUAUCUUUGUUGUUUUUAAAUCGUCCAAUCUUCCUUCCGAUACAGAAGAAGCAAAUGUAACUGGUUAUUAUCGCUAUGUAUCAUAUCUGCCAACCAAUGAAACAAUAAAAGUUGAGAGGAGAGCUACGGUUAUCACCUUAUAACGUGAACUAAAAGGAAGCGAAAAACCCUGAAAAAUUUACAGUUUCCUUUUGAGUGGAAUUAGAUGACCAUAUCUGACUAUUCUCUUAUUACCCACAGAUCAUGUUUGUAGGUAUCAAACAAGUCAUCAGUCUGUUUUACGGUAGGGUAUUUUUA